AUGACAAGCAAAUUUGAAGCGAACUAUUCCAGCAACACAGAUGCUAACCCCAAGAGUGGUUUUGAGACAAUAGUUAUGGCAAACUGCAUCCUCAAUGCACCUUUGAUGUUGUUAUCCAUCCUUGGUAACGCUCUUGUGUUAGUCGCCAUAUUGAGGACGCCAUCGAUUCAUUCACCUUCUGUCAUUUUUCUCUGCAAUUUGGCUGUUACAGAUCUUCUUGUGGGAUUGGUGGUACAACCAGCUUAUAUAGCACAACAAAUAGUAAGAACCGUCUCAGCACUACAAGAGGCAGUAACAGCAAUGGGAUUUGCUGGGUGCGGUGUUUCUCUUUGGACGAUGACAGCCAUAACAGUGGAUCGUUUCUUAGCUCUCCAUUGUCACCUGCAGUACCCAAAUUUAAGGACAACAAGCCGGGCAAUCUAUACAAUAGUAACUAUUUGGUGUAUUAUCAUGUUAUUCACUUUUUCAUUUAUUUGGUCGCCGAGUAUUUAUCAUUAUUUUGUUGCAACUUUUGGUAUCACAAUUUGCCUUUUAGUUAACUUGGUUUGUUUCAUCAAGAUUUACCGAAUUGUUCGUCGGCAUCAGUUGCAAAUUCAUGUUCAACAACAAGCAGUGGAAAAUUCAAUUGAUACGAAUAAACAGCAAAUACGACAAUCAACGAGGAAAGCAAAAAAUAUUUUUAUAUAUUUCCUCGCGAUGAUUUUAUGUUACUCUCCAUUUUCAAUUGCUGUAUUUAUUUCAGGUUUUACUAGUAUAGAUUUAAAAGUUGUAGCGACUUUCUCACUCACUGUAGUACUCAUGAACUCGUCUAUCAAUCCAUUUUUGUUUUGUUGGCGCAUGACCGAGCUCAGAGCGGCGGUUUUUAAAACAGUGAAGCUUUUUUCUUGUAGAGAAACGGAUUAGAGAGUUCUAACCUAGAACUAAAUCGAAACAAAUCUUUCGCAAGGUCUUGUACAAAAUCUAAGGGUUCAUUAAAAACAAAGUUCCCCGAUCGUUGUCACCCGCACAAGUAUCAAUAUCUCGUAUUCUUGAGUUAACCUAGA